CAUUAUUACCGAAGCAAUUACGUGAUCAGCGUGCGUUAGUGAAAGCUGUGUGCCGGCGCGCGCCGAACGCCUCGCUGCAAAAUGGUUUAAUUCUAUUUUUCGAAUUUCAAUAUUUUUUUAACGUCGCGUGUGCGCUUGAUUCGUUUCCCAGUAUUUUCUAUCAUAAUAUUGUGGAAGCAGUCUCGCACCGGCCGAUUACAAUAAAACAACAACACAAUGGAUCUCUUAGACAAAACAAUAGAACCGGAGCUGAUGAACGGUAACGACCCAGCCACGCCCGACCUCAACCAAGAAGUGGUGGAGGCGGAAGGCAUUGCAGACUUCUUCGCCAAUAGUGUGGUGUUCGUCACCGGCGGCACUGGCUUCGUGGGCAAGGCGCUGCUGGAGAAACUUCUGAGGAGUUGCCCCGGCAUAGAGACCAUAUACGUGCUCAUGCGCCCCAAGCGGGGGCUCUCCGUAGAGCAGAGGUACAAGGAGCUGCUUAAGAACCAGGUGUUCGACCGUGUGCGCGCGCGCUGGCCCGAGCGGCUGGAGAAGCUACAGCCGAUAGUGGGCGACGUGUCGGCGCCGGGGCUGGGCGUGGGCGUGGAACAGCUGCCGCUUUUGCGGCGAGUGCACGCCGUGUUCCACUCCGCCGCCACCGUGCGCUUCACGGAGUCCCUGCAGGUGGCCACCGCGCUCAACGUGCAGGGCACCGCCUCCCUGCUGCAGCUGGCCGCCGAUAUGCCCCUGCUCAAGGCGCUGGUGCACGUGUCGACGGCGUAUAGCAACGCGCCGCGCAGCCGCGUGGAGGAGCGCGUGUACCCGCCGCCGUGCGAGCCCGACGCGCUGCUGCGCUGCGCCAAGCUGCUGCCCACGCGCACCGUCGACCUCAUCGCCGACUCGCUGCUUGGCGAGCACCCCAACCCGUACACGCUGACCAAGGCGCUCGCAGAGACCAUCGUGCACGGUCGCACCGACCUGCCGGUCUGCAUCGUGCGACCCUCCAUCGUGACCGCUGCGGUGCAGGAGCCCUUCCCCGGCUGGAUCGACAACAUUUAUGGAGUUACUGGCAUAAUAAUGGAGAUCUCCCGUGGCACGUACCGCUCGGGCUUCUGCCGCGAGCGCUGCGUGGUGGACCUCGUGCCCGUGGACACGCUGGUCAACAACUGCAUCCUCGCCGCCUGGAGACAGGGCUCCAAGAAGCCGGGCCACUGUCCCGUGUACCACGUGACGUCAGGCCCCAUCGACCCCCUGCAGUGGGGACACUUCACGCGCCUCUGCGUCAAGUGGGCGAGAGAGAACCCCACCAAGUACGUGAUGUGGUACCCCAAUUUCUCGUUCACGGAGUCGCGCGCGCUCAACACCUUCUGGGAACUGACGUGCCACUUCCUGCCCGCCUUCUUCUACGACCUGCUGCUGCGCGCGCAGGGACGCAAGCCCAUCAUGAUGUCGAUCGCGAGGCGGUUUAAGAUGGCGGCGGCGACGGGCGAGUACUUCGCGAACCGCGAGUGGGAGUUCGCGGCGGGCGAGGCGGGCGCGCUGCGGGCGGCGGCGCGCGGCGCGCGGGACGGCGCCGCCUUCCCCGCCUGGCCCGCGCGCUUCAGCUGGGACGCCUACGUCGCCGCCUACAUGCUCGGCAUCCGCCGCUACGUGCUGCGCGACACGCUCGACUCGCUGCCCGCCGCGCGCACCAAACUGCGCCGAUUAUAUUGGGUGCACAGGAUAUUCCAAGCGGUCACCGGCUACUACCUUUUCAGGUUUCUUGCGGGAAGAUUUCGGUAGACCCACUUAAUACGGUCAUUAAAUUGGCAUAUACAGUGUUAACAGUAGUCCGAUCCUUUUUAUCAUGAUUUCAUCGUUAUUUUGAUAUUGAUAUUAAUAAGAUUAGAAAGUGAUUAAAACACGGCACGACACGGCACGGCACGGCACGGCACGGCAAUGCCCCCGCCAAGUCGAGCGAAAAGCGGCACGGCUACACCAUAUCUUUGUAUGGUUUUUGCACGUCAUUUAAUUAUAUUGCAGUAUUUAUUCUUGAGUUGUUAUUUUAUGUAAAGUAAUCGAAGCAAAGUCGUGUUUAAUCACUUUUGGAUACCUGUGCGUUGUUUCGUCAAAUUAGUACAGAGUAACUUUUAUAACGUUGAAAUUAUAUCAGAAAGUUAUCGGACAUGACGUAAAGAGACCUCAAACAGUAACAUGACACGAAACUGCUUUAAACAAGAUGUUUCGAAAAAUAAUUAAAUAUUCUCAAGACAUGCAAUUACUUUUUACCUUUGUUAAAGUUAGAACAUAAGAGACAAAGAGACCCGAGUUCGUCUGUAACUGUGUAAUAUACAGGAUAUUUUUUCUAAGACUGCCCCGAUUAGCACGGGAGCACAUAUAACGCACUUUAAAUCUUUAUUAGUUAUUUUAAGGUCAAACAUACAUGUUACGUUUAUGUGACAUUAUCUGUAUGUAGAAUCUUCUUAAAAACGCUGAUUACCCUUAGAAAAAAUAUCCUAACAACUAUUUAAUCGUAGCAUAAAUUAACAGUCUGUAUUAUGAAGGUGCCUCAAUGCAUGUAUCUUGCUAGCUGUCUCUGUUGGUAUAGAAAAUACUUUUCAAGCCGUUGCGUGAGAAUUGUGAAACUCAACGACGAAACUCAAUAUUGUGAUUAGAUAUUUUCCAAAUGUCUCUGAUUAUCUGCCUGAGCCAUCACUAUCUAGUCUAACAGGUCUCUGUAUAUAGAAUGUAUUAUCUUUAAAAUACUGUAUUUUUUAUUAUAAAAAUAUAAGUAUCAAUCUGCCGUCCCAUUAUUUAAGAAUUUAUUCAUAUCAUAAAUAAUAUGCUCUGAAUUAUGCAGAUAAAUUGAAAAUCAAACAUGGAAGUAAUUAAAUUCUAGAUGAUAGUAAGUUAUGAGUGAUUUUCGAGAAAAUCAUAAACUGAUAAUUGUUUAUAAGUUUCUCUUGAAGUUCCAACUUAAGCAGCGACAGAUUGCAAAUAAUACCGGUUAUCAAUAAUAGGUUUAUUAUAUAGGAGUCUUUAGUAUAAGUUAUCAAAACUAUUAUAAGGUAGUAAUAAUACAUGUUUGAAUGAAUCGGAAUGGUUAAGAUAAUAAUAAAGUACGUUUACACAGAAA